UGUUGCGAAAGAGAUAUAACGACAUAUUACUAAUUCUAAUUUAUAUAGCGGUUGGAAUUUUCGAAAUAAAAUUUAGUUAUUUGAAUUGCGUAGUCAUCUAUACUUCUGGGUAAAAGUUUAACAUGUCAGAUACAUUAUAUAAAACCACUGGGAUACUAUUUUCUACGGUGAUUUUAUUGUCCUUCAGGAAUGUUAAUACUUCAGCGUUUAUUGUGGAGAAUCACUCGCCAUCAUUAUUGAAACGAAGCUGGGUAUAUUCAGAUACAUAUAACUGCGAAAAAAUCUAUAGCUGUUUCAAUACGAGACAGUGUCGUCUGAGGUAUAACUCACCGAAUUAUUUCUGUGCAAACAUUUAUCCCUGUGGGUCGUCAUGUGCACCACUGGACUAUCAUGGUCAUUUAAGGUCAUACGAACUCGCGACAGAAUAG